GGUGCGCGCUGUUAGGCCCUGCAGCCUCGUGAGACUGUGAAGCUUCGUGGGCUGGGGCCGCAGGGCCCCGGGGCGGCGCCCUCGCCGAAACCAUGGCUCGAAAUGCAGAAAAGGCCAUGACGGCCUUAGCAAGGUUUCGCCAAGCCCAGCUGGAAGAGGGAAAAGUGAAGGAACGAAGGCCCUUUCUUGCUUCGGAAUGUACAGAGCUGCCCAAGGCUGAGAAGUGGAGACGGCAGAUCAUUGGAGAGAUCUCUAAAAAAGUGGCACAGAUUCAGAAUGCUGGUUUAGGCGAAUUCCGAAUUCGUGACCUGAAUGAUGAAAUUAACAAGCUGCUGAGAGAGAAAGGACACUGGGAGGUCCGGGUGAAGGAGUUGGGUGGUCCUGAUUAUGGGAAAGUUGGCCCUAAAAUGCUGGAUCAUGAAGGGAAAGAAGUCCCGGGAAACCGAGGUUAUAAGUACUUUGGAGCAGCAAAAGAUUUGCCUGGUGUUAGAGAGUUGUUUGAAAAAGAACCUCUCCCUCCUCCCAGGAAGACACGUGCUGAGCUCAUGAAAGCGAUCGAUUUUGAGUACUAUGGUUACCUGGAUGAAGACGAUGGAGUUAUUGUGCCUUUGGAACAGGAAUACGAAAAGAAACUCAGAGCCGAGCUGGUAGAGAAGUGGAAGGCAGAGAAGGAGGCCCGGCUGGCAAGAGGAGAAAAAGAAGAGGAGGAGGAAGAGGAGGAAGAGAUCAACAUCUAUGCUGUCACCGAGGAGGAGUCUGACGAGGAAGGCAGCCAGGAGAAGGGAGGGGAGGAUGGGCAGCAGAAGUUCAUUGCUCACGUCCCAGUGCCGUCGCAACAGGAGAUUGAGGAGGCGCUCGUGCGAAGGAAGAAGAUGGAGCUCCUGCAGAAGUACGCGAGUGAGACUCUGCAGGCACAGAGCGAAGAAGCCAAAAGGCUCCUGGGAUAUUAGGGCAAGCAGAGCUCUGUUUGCAGUUGAAAGAUCUGGGAGUCCUGGCACCCCCACAGAGCCGCUGCCCACACGGCCACUGCAGAGGGCUGCAGGAAGCCACCAUGCAUUUGACGCCUCCUGCUCCCUUCUCCCCCCCCUCAUUCCUCUCUUACCUCUUCUUACCUGGCAUGUUGCUAUGGAGGUGGGGCUGUAUGCCCUGCUUCGCUGGUGGCUGGCUAGGUGCCGAACACUUCAGCCCUCACCUUUGUACAAAUAUUUGCUACUGUAUGCAUCCAUUGUUUAUAUCGUCAAGUGUUUCACCAUGUAGUGUGAUGUGGGGAGCAGGAUCAGUUUGUGGCCAGCAUUAAAAUAUGUGAUUUUCCUAAAAAGACAUAUUUUCUCUUGAGGAAGAAAACAGUGUCAGCCCUGUACCUGCAUCCAGUGGGCCGACAGCAAGAGCCACCCCUUGGGCCAGCUCUCCAUGUAUGCGCUCUGCCUGCUGCCCCCUCCUACCUGGAGGGGGGCAGGAGUUUGAGUUUGCUACCUUUGUUUUAUAACCUGUUCUGCACAGAGCUAUUUUUAUUAAAGACUUUUGUAAGAAAGGAAAGCCUCCAUGCCUGCAGCUUGUGCCCUCGGCUGUAACGUGGGGGAGGGGGCUGGUUGUUGAGGUCAUUGAAGGGCACUGGAGUGUCCAGGACAGUACUGGAUCCCAGGCUGCAUGUGGGAGCUGAGGUGGACCAGAGCAUCCCACUGUGGGCUUUGUGGUUACAGCCAUAGACAAGGGCAUUUAGUAGCUGGUGUGAAAGCAUAGUGACACGCGAGUUGAGUCCAAAGUCUCACCCUGAUCUAGGUUUUCCUACUAGGGAUCAGCAGAGGCGCAGCCCCAAUCAACAGUGGGGUCUGGCCUACCUGCUCUGCAGUCAUGGUGGUGUCUGGGAGCUCGGUGUAGGGCCACAUUGCUGUCCUUUGGGCCUGAGGCUCCAGCUCAGGCUCUUUGGGAAUGGGAGUUCCUGGCUUCCAGAACUCAUCAUGUGGCUAGUGGUUGGGCUCUUGCAGGGUCUCUGGGACCUGUGACUGUGAGAAGCAUAGUCGGGGAUAGCAGGGCCACAUGAGGCUAAUGGUACUGGUGCAUGUUGGGUAAGCAGGUCCGGUAGCUAGAGGUACUAGAGGCUUGAGGGCUGUGGGAAACCUGGAGGGUUCUGAGAGGACAGACCCCGAUCAGUGGCGGACCAAUUUUCCAAAGCUCCCUGUGACCACAUCGUGGAAACUGAAGCAGAGCUAGGACAGGCGGAGGCUGGGACAGAGCCCUAGGCAGCAGCUGGUGGGCUAGGUAGGGGUGGGAUUGGCCACAGGGAAGAUAACGUCAAGGCCAGAACCCCCUACAUUCUGAGUUUCCUGGGGGAAGGACUGGCAGGGUCUCCCCUUCAGCUUAGCCCCAGGGUGAAUGUGUACAGGGAGGAAGGGGUAGGGACCCAGGCAGGGGCUUAGGUGGCUGCCAGGAGCCAGGCAGGGCAGACUCUGCCCUGGGACGCAGCACCCAGCCCAGGACAGGCUCAGGUUGGGGUUCGGCAGUGAACGUGGGGGCUUGGGGCGAGUCCCUUCUGGACCUCAGCCUCAGCUUCCCUGUUUUAAAGGACAGCACUGGAGCCGUGCCCUCUGGGUUUGCCCUGGAGUCUUGGCAGUCCUGUGGUCUGGGCAGAGGUGUUGGGGGCUGGCCCAGGCUGGAGCCUGCCAUGGGGUUCAGGUGGCUGAGUGAGGCUUCCUUCCAGGGGCUCACAGUGUCGCCUCCCUGGGCUGGGAGGAGAGCAGGAAGUGCAGCCAUGAGGGUCCCUGCUCCCUGGGAAGAUGGUUGGGGCCUGGCGCUGAGGGGUCCAGCCCAUCGCUGUGCUGAGCCCCCACCCCCAGGGUCUCAGCAGGGCUCUGGAUGCAGGAGGGACUGCAGUGCAGUUAGGACGCCACAUUUGAGUAUACAGAAUCAGAACAGAGCAGCACCAGGCCGGCAGUCCUAUAGCUGUACCUGGCAGAGGCCCCAGCAGGGCCUGGUGCUGAGGGCAGCUCUCAGGAGGGCUCCUGCCCCACCACGCCUGGAGACAGUGAGGAAGCCUGUGGGCGGAUGUGAGCACUCAGGAGAUGUGGGUGUGGUCAUGGCCCAGUUCAUUGCUCAGGGGUGACAGAACCAAUCUCAGUAGCCUUUGGUUAACAAAAUCUGUUUAAUGGUUACACUAGCUUUGGCUCUGCCUGCAGUUUCUAAAAGGAGCAUUUUCCAUAGACACGUUUCCAACCACUUCUCUCUUCGCUACCCCACCUGGCCUCCUGUGACCUUGAAACACACAGCUGCCUCCUGUUUUGCCUUGAGACCAACCCCACCAGCCCCACCCAGGCUUCUGUCUGCCCUCGCCUGGCCUCUCCUCCCCUUGCAUCCCAGCCCCUCUCUGUGUUGCUGCUCUCAGGCAAUGUAUACACCAGGAAGAGGUGUCACGUUCCUCCUCUUGCCCCUGCCACGCCCACCCUGCUUUCUGGACCCAUGCUCACAGCUCUGUUCUAGAGAACAGGGCAAUGGCAUGUCGCAGCCUCUGGAGCCCUGGAGAGGAUGUGGGGGUCGGGGAGUUUCCACCUGCUCACUCAGACCCUCCUGAAGGGACUUCAGACCUGACCCACCCUAGACCCCUUGACCAACAAGCAAGCAGGGCUUCCAUGUCUGUCCCCUGUGCUCCACUGCCAUGCAGGCAUAGGGACAGGUUUGUUUUUGUUUUUGUUUUCUUUUCUUUUUUUGACAGGUAGAGUUAGAGACAGAAAUAGAGAGAAAGGUCUUCCUUCCGUUGGUUCACACCCCAUGUGGCUGCUACGGCCAGCGCGCUGCGCCGAUCCAAAGCCAGGAGCCAGGUGCUUCCUCCUUGUCUCCCAUGCGGGUGCAGGUCCCAAACACUUGGGCCAUCCUCCACUGCCUUCUGGGCCACAGCAGAGAGCUGGACUGGAAGAGGAGCAACAGGGACAGGAUCCAGCGCCUCAACCAGGACUAGAACCUGGGGUGCUAGCGCCGCAGGCAGAGGAUUAGCCUAGUGAGCCGCGGCUCUGGCCAAGGGACAGUUCUAAGGACAGCACUGGGCUGUGCUCAGUUACUGCACCAGUUACUUCUCUGCCCACUGCAGGACCUUAAGCAAGUCCGUGUAGAUUCUGAGCUGGGGUUUUCUCUUCAAUCUGCAUGCUAGGGAGGGCAGAGCUGUCCACAGACCCGUGGCUGGGCCGUGAUAGGGAUUCUGGGAAAGAUUGGCAUGUUGUGGGGCGGGCCCAGGAAAUCAAGUGAUGGGAGCAGAUGAUGUUAGCAAGGAGGGUCAGGCUUUGAACAUGGCAUUCCUGAGGUCUGGGGCUGUCACUGAAGUUUGAGAUCACUUGUAGCAGGCAGACUUGGUUAGAGUAAGGAGCCUGUGGGAUGAACUAGAUACUGUGACCAGGAGGAAGCUGGGCCUAAUCUUGGAGUAGCAGUGGACGCUGGGAGGGCACGGUAGCAUUGCCAGAGAUUGCAGUAGGGGAGAGGAAAGACAAGUGACCCCCAUUUUUGAGUCAAAGCCUACAGUAUGAGACUAGCACCGUUAACAGACACGUCAAGGGUGGAGGGUUCAUUUGGCUCUUGUGUUGGAUGUUUUAGGAUUCUGAGAGGGGGACAGUGAGGGAGCCUUUGAGCCCCUCAGCCGGCACCAGCCCAGAGCACCUACGUCUACAGCUGCUGCAGCAAAAUCUCACCUUUCUCCCACUUUUCAUUUCCUGCCGUUUUGCAGCAAACACACUUGGCCAGACGGUCUUUGUGGUGUUUUUCACUUGUAUUUCUGAUUGGGGAUGCAUUUUUAGCACUAGCUGUGCCACCAUCAGGUAAAGAAAAUUGGGAUGAGAUUGUUGUAUGCUAUAUUUGAACACUUGUGACUGUAGCAGACAUACAUACAUAUGCACAUCAAUCAAUCAAUCAAUCAAAGGGGGGCAGGAAAAGGGAUAAGCUGCAUAAUUGUUCCUCUCACUACUUGGAGAAGUUCUGAACACUGAUUCCCAGAUACCUGUAGGUUUAUCAUCCACGGUGCCACCGUGUGGCAGUGACUCAGACAUUUAAAAUUCAUUCAGCCUACCCUUCACCCACUUUAAGGAUGCUGAUUCUUGACCCAGUUUUAAAAAUUUGUGUUCUGGGGGCCGGUGCUGUGGCAUUGGUGGGUAAAGCCGCCACCUGCAGUGCCAGCAUCCCAUAUAGACACUGGUUCGAGUCCUGGCUGCUCCACUUCCAGUCUAGCUCUCUGCUAUGGCCUGGGAAAGCAGUAGAAGUAAGUCCUUGGGCCCCUGCACCCAUGUGGGAGACCUGGAAGAAGCUCCUAGCUCCUGACUUCGGAUCAGCUUAGCUCCAGCUGUUGGUGCCAACUGGGGAGUGAACCAGUGGAUGGAAGACCUCUUUCUCUCUCUCUCUGCCUCUCCUCUCUGUGUAAAU